CAUUAAUAUUUAAGGAUUUUCCAGAUACGGGUGAAACAAUACUUCGAUGUUACCUCGCCGUUAUACAGUAAUUCACCCUUAUUUAAACACCCGCCAAGAAUUUUAAUGAGUGACGCAGAGUUUGGCGAAGAAUUCAAUGAGCUUGCCGUAAUAAUGUGAAGUAAGUUUGCGCAUUCAUUAGUCUUGUUGUUAAUAUUCAUCAGGACGCCACAAGUAACAUUUUUACUUAGAGACAAAUCCCAAGUACCCGCGGGUACAAAUUACAUGUAAAUUAGACCAAGUUCGAGAGUACUUCGCGGCUAGGACUUGACUAUACUAACUAAGGUUUAACAAGAUUUGAAUGUUUCUUAAGUUCUCGACGUCCGUAAUGUCACUUUGUAAAUAAGUUAAAGACUUAUUGUAAUGUUCAAAAUUGUGCUUGUUUCAGAUGCUAAGUCGGACGUUACGCUUCUAUAGAUGUUCGUAGACUAGACGCAGUAUUUCGAUCUAACCUAGUCUUAAAUAAAGUAUAGUACAAAGCUAUCGAACUUAGCGCCUCGCGAUAACUUAUUUUCAAACGCUUAACAUAGGUAAAACGGUUUGCCAAAUCGCCUCUAUUUUCCGUAAUAUAUUACAAGAUAGUGUUUAUCGAAGAAAGUCCGUAGUUUUAUAGACGAAAACAAUGCCAGGGGUUCUCAUAAAGCAUCGAUAUCUGGGUGGUUGUGAUUUUUGGUGGGUAGCGUAGGCGGGCAUAGUCAUAAUGUGUGAAGAUAAGGAGGAGAUGCGGAGCGAAGCGGCGCGCGCGGCCAGCCCGCGGCGCUUGUGCUGGCAGCGUCGCCCGCCGCAGCCGCUGCCGGACACGCGCGGCCUCUGCUGCGCCAAGCUGCUUCGCAAGAACGGCAAGCCGAAGAAGGUGUUACUGUUCCCAGAGGAGGGUUGGGCGCGCAGCGCCUCCUCGUCGUACUGGACGCUGCAGCCCUGCUGGUGGCGCAAGAGCCGGUGCAAGGUCGUCGAGGUCGCCGGCACGAGAAGGCACAGCACACACGCGCGGAUGGUGGUGAGCGGUGGGAACGCCGUGCACGUCGUCGGCACCUUCAAACACCUCGGUACCGACGCCGACUUCAAGUUAUACUUAACGACGAAUGUGACGCAGGCGGACUUCAACAUGGGCUACACCAUGACAGGGACGCUGGAGCGCGGCUGCCGCUCCACCAACACCUUCCAGAUGACGCACUUCGCCGUGCUGCGGCGGUACGACCACGACGGCCAUCAUCUCAAGAACUCAUAAACGACGACACAACAUGGGCUACACCAUGACAAGGACGCUGGAGCACGGCUGCCGCAUCACCAAGCACCUUCCAGGUGACGCACUUCGCCGUGCUGCGGCGGUGCGACCAAGACGGCCAUCAUCUCAAGAACUCAUAAACGAUAACACAACAUUUACUAGG